AAGCCAACUGAUUGCCAAGUGCUGCCGAAGGCCCAGGGACGCCGUGCCGCGCGUCGCGUCAAGGCACGUGGGCGCGAAGCGCUCGUCGCGCAUCACUCGAGCGCCCCGAGCAGCCCCGCGGACAUCAGUCGGAGCCCCACGCUGCCCACUGCUGCCAGACCAUGAGCCGGCCCCCGGACAUCGCCUUCGCGUCGCCGGGCGACCUCGCCCAGCAUAGACUAAGGAGACGCGUCUCCUUCGACGCGCCGCCUCCCCAACAGCAGGCGCCGGGCGGCCACGAGGCCUCGACGUUCAAGUCGCGCAUGCGCGUCCGCGAGACGAGCGAACUCGCGCGGCGCUACGUCGCGCCGGCGCCGUCGCUGCGCAUGCAUUUUGAUGAUGCUCCGUCAUUGCCCUUCCCGCCGGGCACACCUAUCUCGUACGAGCCUCCAAGGACGCCAGCAAACGGUAUCCCGCAGACCUUCUCGUCGCGGCGCUUCCGAAGUGAAGGGAGAGGGAAGCGGCGCAAUUUAGAAGAUCAGAAGCGGGACACGAUCCACGCGGGGCCCUUUUGUGGUGCGGCUAGGCCCGGUACGGUCUUCCGGGACGAGGCGUCGCUGGCGCUGCCGCGCAACCGCAGUAUGACGCAUAAAGCUUCGACGAAGAAGAGUUCCUAUGAUCACCGAAUCGCGAUGAUGGAGGCGGCUCUCGAUGGUCGCUCUACGACGCAGCCUGACGACGACAACGCUUCGUCAAUCUCGGCAAACCACCGCGGCGGCGACGCGGCCUGCGCCGUCUGGAAGGCCCUGUGGAAGGCUAGAGAGCGACGCAAUAACCAAGAGGCCCAGGAGAAGGGCGGCACGUUACCCGCGUUCGACGGCUUCUGCGUCGCCGACGCGGUGUUGUAUAGUGAGGGUACUCCCACGAAGUGGAUCUUUUCCGAUAAUGUAACGGGCAAGCUCCUAAGGAAGGCCCAGCGGAACGUGUCCGUCGAGGCGUUUCGAAACCGGUGCGCCAAGGUCGCUCCUGGGAAUGACGUGGCUCUGAUUGUCCGGGACGACGACGUCCUCCCCCUGAGCGCGGACCCGAAGAAGUGGGGCGCCAUCUCUGGUAAAGCGGUGGUCUGCAACGUGCCGGGGACGCGCCUCAAGCAUGCGUUUAGGCACGACACUCCUCUCACGAAAGUGCAUGUGGAGCAGAAUGGCCUCAGGCAGUACGGCUCGUCGUCCAAGGCGUCGACCUGGGCGCCCCUGAAGUCGUUGCAUCUGAAGGAGGCGCUGGAUGGUGUUGUUCGUUCAUUAGUGAGGGGCAUCGAGGCGGGCACGGGUACUCGCGUGCGAUCAUUAACGUCGGUCUGGGCCUUAGAUGAAAAAAAGGCGACGCGCGUCGUCGACAACGGCGUGCCGGACGCGCCGGCCAUGACCUUCGAACGGGCGUUGGAGGUCGAGUUCCUGCAGCCCUUGCAUCGGGGCGGCUCGGACGCGGGGAGCGUCCUCGGUGAUUCAUCAGGGAGGGCCCACGGCGCGGCCAUCGGGCCCUGCCCCGGGGGUUUUUGUGGAUUGGCGCGCAUCGACGAAACUGAUGGAACGGACGGCGCGCCCGCUCAACAGAGCGAACGUUUGCACCGAGCCAUGCGGUCCGCCGUCGAAGAAAGCAAGAGAGAGGCCUGCACGGGCGAAGCUUUAGAUUUUUGGCCCGACGAACUCGUGAGGUGGUGCCUCAAGACCACCUCCACGAGGUGCGACCAGCCGCGACCUCUCCUCGAUCUCCAGUGGUCGCGGCCCUCGAUCUUCCUCGCGCACCCGACGCAGGACACGCAGGCCUGCCCCGGCCAGACCCUCGAAAUAAGAUGGGUCUGCCGCGGGCCGCCGCCACAAAAUUUGAGGAUCGACGUCGAAUUCGUGCCCACGGCAAGCACGGUCGAGGACGAGUUCCUCGUGACGACGCGGGAGGUCAUCAAAAGGAUCCCGGGCAGUCAACAAUCCAUAGAUUGGGUCGUGCCGCCGGACCUGAAUGGCACGUCGACGAACGGGUGGUGGCGCCUGCACCUGCGCAUCGUUUUUGAAGAUGAUUUUGGGGAGGAGUCGGACGCGGCCAUUCUAUGCUCCUCCCAACCUUUCAGUGUGCAGAAGACUCAUGCUUUAUUGAAUCACGGGCGGCUGCCUGCCGUCGAUCUCCGGGCCGAUGCUCAUGACGUGCAGAGCGCGAUCGGUGCGUUACGCGUCUUAGAUGAACGGCGCGCCCAGAAGAUCGGCGAAGAGCGCGUGAGAAGGUGGGACAAGUGCGCCGUCUGCCAAAACUGCGCCGAGGUGCACGCGGACUUGUCCGCGCGGCGGGCGCGGUAUCUGGCUUCAUCAAAUGAGCGCAAGGCCCAGAAGGAGGCAGGGCUGUUAUUACUAAGGGAGCAGGACGAGAAUGACGUGAGUGGGGACCGCAAAGGUUUAAAAGCUGCGGAGCGCCGCCGGCGAAGGCGCAACGUGCUCAAGGCUCUCGCGGAGCCGCGGAACCGGCGAGAAAAGGUCCAGGAGCCCACAUAUACAACGACGAAGCCCGCCAAGAACCCGACGGCCUUCGACGACAACCUUCCAAGCGUUGCGUCCAGACAGCCACGCGAUUCAACGUUCGUGGCGUCCAUAAAACAAAAGGCGGCCGUUCUAAGGGAGGAGGCCGCCCAGGCGACGUGGGCCGCCGCCCACUCGAGACCCGCGCCGUCGCCACCGAAGCCGCGGCCGCCGCCGACGCCGACGGCGAAGCUCGGUUCGAGCCUGCUGAACGCGCUCGACGGCGGCGCGUCGCACUUCGAGCCCCAGGACUCGCUCGCGUCCGUCUUCGGCACGGUCCAGCCCGAGCGGGGAGUGGAUUCUUUGAGGUCGGUCUUCGGUGGGGCUUCUCCCCGAAAACCGCGGCGCCGCCGCCCGAAGCGCAAGCCCCGGACUUAUGCGGAUCUGCUACACCCGUGGCAGCGUCUAUUGAGAGACCAGAUCGACACGGUCGUCUCUCCUGAACCGCCGGCGGCCCCGAACCCGGACGCUCUGCUGGACAGCCUCCUGGACAUGGCCGAACAAGGUGAUGGGGACGGGUUGAGCUACUUCUAAUGUUCG